UUCGUCCUGUAAAUUAUUUUUCUUAGCAUAUAUAAGACAGUCUGCUGUCUUUCAUUGGCUUUUAUUUUCAUAUCAUGUAUAUUCGCAUGCUGUAGGCAUUUAGUCUUUAGAAAUUACGAUUCCUAAAUGACGAGUCUGCACUAGCCAGGAGGUUACCGGUGGAUUGUUCUGAUGGCAAGACUGUUUUUACUAACGGGGAUUUGUAUGCUUGAUUUAGACCUUACGGUUCUAUAACAAAAUGUACAAACAGUCCUCAAUAGACUUGGAUCCCAAGACAAUGUGCAAGCCACCAGACGUUACUUUUCAUAAAAAUGGAGAGAAAAACAGUCCAAUAAGCGUGAUUUUGGUUAGUUCAGGGAGCCGCGGUAACAAGUUGCUCUUCAGAUAUCCAUUUCUAAAAGUGUCUGAAAACACUUCAUCAGCUGCAACGAAACAGAGAAGUGCAUAUGCAUUAAGGACCACAAGUGAUGCUACAGAGGACCAAGAUGGAGACUCAAGAGAACAAACUUCACUAACUGAUGAACAGUUGGUAGCAGGAUUUUCAGACAUUAUUCUUGCAACCAUAUUGGCCACUAAGUCAGAUAUGUGUGGAAAAAAGUUUGAACUGAAGAUCGACAAUGUGAGAUUUGUGGGGCACCCAACGCUCCUGCAGCCCCCACACUCCAUUCAGGUUUCCAAAACAGACCCUUCGCCAAAAAGAGAAAUGCCUACCAUGAUCUUGUUUAGUGUUGUGUUCGCAUUAAGGGCCAAUGCAGACCCAUCCGUGAUCAGUUGCAUGCACAACUUGUCAAGACGUCUCGCCAUUGCCCUGCAGCAUGAGGAACGCCGUUGCCAGUACCUCACUAGAGAGGCCAAACUGAUGCUGGCUGUACAGGAUGAGCUCACCACCAUGACUGAGACGGAUGGAACAUUGCAGUCACCCUUUCGACACAUCCUCCCUAAGUGUAAACUGGCAAGAGACCUAAAAGAAGCCUAUGACAGGUAUGAAUUCAUCUAG